GAUGGAUGAUCGAGCCGACUCCGGUGUGUGUCACCCUCCGCCGGGUUUCUGCUUGUAUCGCCGCAUCCGAUUGAUGCCAGUGGCAGUAUAUAAUGUGUGUUUAAGAAUAACGUUAGCGUUAGAUGAUGUCUUACUAAGAACAGUAAGAAAAAGAGAAGACUCAAUUCCUCGUUUUGUAUCUUCAUGUCCAGCAUUUGUGCGUUGUUCAAAAGGGAUUAGGUAUGGUGAGUUGUCAUCGUCCGCGAACAGUGGCUUAGGUAGCUUACAGUGGCUUACACUAGCGCCAAUUGCCACAGUUUGAUCGACCAGCCGGAUUGAGCAUGACCGAAAGAAUUACCAGCCAAUCAGAGAGCGGAGCGCUUGGAACGCUAGUUGUGCUGGGAAUGCUACUUGCGGUGGGAAUGCUAGUUGACACAUCAACGGCAGAUUGUAUCCCCGCCUGGUGCAUUUCCCCAUUACGGUACACUGCCCGUACCUAGUCCUACAUAGGACUCAACGUCGAGUUCCCAAGCCCAAAAACAUUGGUCGGAGAGGUGCUGACUGUAUUUGAUAAUAGCUACCCUGCUCGCAUAGUAUCAAAAUAUUAAAUGAGUUGGAGGAUGAGAGGGCAGCAGCAGUAACUUGGAGAUGG